CACAAAUCAGGAAAUGCAGUGUGCCACCUGCACAGGACCUGUGAAUAUUGCUGUUGUUAAAUAUUGGGGAAAGCGAAAUGAGAAAUUGAUACUGCCAUUGAACUCUUCAGUUAGUGUGACACUUCAUCAGAAUGAGUUGAGGUCUAAAACAACUAUAGCUGCAAGUCCAAAUUUUACAAAAGAUCAGAUCUGGCUGAAUGGUGUAGAAGAGGACAUAAACAACAGUAGAUUACAAGCAGUCAUCAGUGCAGUUAAAAGAAGAGCUAGAAAAAGAAAAAGUGAUGGAGAGACAAAUACAAGAUUGAAGUGGAAACUGCACAUUGUGUCAGAGAAUAAUUUCCCUACGGCUGCUGGCUUGGCUUCUUCUGCUGCAGGUUAUGGGUGCCUAGUUUAUACAUUAGCCAAACUACUCAAUGUAAAAGGAGAACUAUCAGACAUUGCAAGACAAGGUUCAGGUAGUGCCUGUAGAAGUAUACAUGGAGGAUUUGUAACCUGGGAUAAAGGAACAAAUGAGGAUGGGUCAGAUUCUAAAGCCAGACAGAUAGCUCCACAUACUCACUGGCCAGAAAUGUCUGUGCUCAUUUUAGUGGUUAGUGACCAGACAAAACAUACCAGUAGUACAGCAGGGAUGCAGACCACAGUGGAAACCAGUGAGCUACUAAAACAUAGAUUGUCUGGACUUCCCAACAAGGAAAAUCAAAUUACAGAAGCUAUAAUAAACAAAGAUUUUAAAACAUUUGCUGAGAUAACAAUGAAGGAGAGUAACCAGCUCCAUGCAGUGUGUUUAGAUACAUAUCCUCCUAUUUCGUACAUGACAGAUACAUCACAUCAGAUUAUUAGAUUAGUUCACCAGUAUAAUAAUAUCAUUGAGGAUGUAAAGGUAUCAUACACAUUUGAUGCUGGCCCUAAUGCCUGCUUGUUCAUGUUAGAUUCUGAAGUAUCCAGAUUUUAUUCAUUGGUGAAACACUUUUUUCUGCCUGAUAAUGGACACAGCACAGUACAGGGUUUACCUAUAACUGAACAAACGUUACACACAGAUGAAAUCCAGAAGUUUAAGUUAAGUAAACAGAAUGGGUCUGUAAAAUAUGUCAUCCACACCAAACCUGGUCCUGGGCCACAGGUUAUAGAGGACCCAUCAGAGAGCCUAGUAGAUGAUAUGGGCUGGCCAAAACUGAUGUCUGAAAAAACCUGAAAUUUCUCAUAGGGCCAGCUAAAACAGUUGGUAGUUAUGUUAUUGGAAUAAGAUGUUACAGAAUGAAGGAUGCAUGGAGCUGUCAAAAAUAAAGACCAACUUAUGAUUUUUAUCUUGCAUUGUUGUUUAACAAAUGAAUGUGGAGGAAAUAAAAGAGCAAUAAGUUUG